UCGUGUGAGAGUGCAUGCAUGGCUGCAAGAUAAAGCGAUGUAGAGCGCGAGAGGGAGAGAGUUCGUGUGUGUGCGUGCGUGCUUUUGUGCUUGUGGGUUCCUUGCGCACGAGCGUGCACUGUGUGGGUUGUGGGUGACAAGUAAAAGCUGUGAAGUGAAGUGGGCAGUCCUUUCUGUAGUGGACUUGUCGCACAAGAUAUUUAGCAUAAAGUCAGUCCCCCCGCUGUAUGGGGUUCAGGCUUUCACUCUUCGACUGCCUUCAUGUCUGACAACAUUGAAAGAAGGAAACUGUCACUUAUUUACUUUACAGCCGGAGGAACUUUCUUCAUGUCAGCAGCAUCUCAUUCGGACAAUCAUUAACCUAAACAUCAAGCUUGUCUUUUCGGGGGAUUAAUUUAACCAAACCAGACCAGGAUUUCAUAGCCGGGAGGCCGGGGUUAUGGAUUUUAACCUUCUGACGGACAGUGAAGCCCGUAGCCCGGCGCUAUCGCUCUCGGACUCCGGGACCCCACAACAUGAUCAGGGAUGUAAAGGCCAAGACAACAGCGACACAGAGAAGUCCCACCAGAACCAAACAGAUGAGUCGAACGCAGAGGACGGCUCUCUGAAGAAGAAGCAGCGCAGGCAGAGGACCCACUUCACCAGCCAGCAGCUCCAGGAGCUGGAGGCCACCUUUCAGAGGAACCGCUACCCCGACAUGAGCACACGGGAGGAGAUCGCCGUGUGGACCAACCUCACAGAGGCACGGGUUAGAGUAUGGUUUAAAAAUCGCCGUGCCAAGUGGAGGAAGAGGGAGAGGAACCAGCAGGCUGAGCUGUGUAAAAACGGCUUUGGUGCCCAGUUCAAUGGACUAAUGCAGCCCUAUGACGACAUGUACUCUGGCUACACUUACAACAACUGGGCCACCAAGAGUCUGGCCAGCAGUCCACUGUCAGCCAAGAGCUUCCCCUUCUUCAACUCCAUGAAUGUAAGCCCCCUGUCAUCCCAGCCCAUGUUCUCCCCCUCCAGCUCCAUCCCCUCCAUGAACAUGGCCUCCUCCAUGGUUCCCUCGGCGGUGGCCGGGGUGGCUGGCUCGGGCCUCAACAACCUGGGCAACCUCAACAAUCUCAAUAGCCCCACGCUGAACUCGGUCGCAGUCACCGCCAGCACCUGCCCCUACGCCACCACCGCCAGCCCUUACAUGUACAGAGACACCUGCAACUCCAGCCUGGCCAGCCUCCGGCUCAAGGCCAAGCAGCAUGCCAACUUUGCCUACCCGACCGUGCAAAACACCGUGUCUAACCUAAGCCCUUGCCAGUACGCAGUGGACCGGCCGGUAUGAAUGACACCCACACCCACCCAGCCUGCCCUGUAGCCCCCAACCCCCCUCUCAGACCCACUGACCCCCAUCUUCCUCCUGGUCCCUGCCAUGCUCCAUCAGUAAAUCAGAGUGAACGGCACACAUCACCACUACACCAUUAUGGUUCCAAAAUGGUUCUUCGGCUGUCCCCAUAGGAGAACCGUUUUCUGUUCCAGGUAGAACCCUAUUGGGUCCCAUGUAGAACCCUCUGCGGAAAGGGUUUUACAUGGGACCCAAUAGGGUUCUACUUGGAAAUAAAAAGGGUUCUUCAAAGGGUUCUACUAUGGGGACAACCAAAGAACCCUUUUAGGUUCCAUGUUUGUCUAACUGAUGGUACACAACAGGAAUAAUCUUCAACAGUUAGAACAAAUCCCCUGAUGGACCACCACGCUUCAAAGAACUCUCUCAAAUAUGGUGAGACUUUGUUGCUGAACCGACCAACUGUUAAAAAGGAUUUCUAAAUUGAAUCUGAGAUAAUUUUUUGGGACUGCAUGACUAGAGUGGAUUUGAAAUGAAGAAAACCUGGAUGCUCCAACUGCACUGGUGGUCAAACAUGAAAUCAUUGUGACGCUUGCCACCAUCACGGGAAAGGGACCUGUGGUUGCAAUAUGGGAUAGAGGAUGUAUAUAAUGGACUUGUUUUGUUUUGUAUGUGACAAAACUAUCUAUGAAACGUAGAACUUUGGAGAUGAGAAAAGCAUGUUCUUCAUGAGCAGACCCUAGAUUGAUGUACUAUGAGUACCUCCUUUAGGAAUUUUAAUCUUUGUUAUGAAUUCCACUCACCUCAGAAGGUCAGGUGUCAAAGGUCAAAUCAGAAACGAGAGAGGAGCUAGCAGAAUGUAGCCUCAGAGAGUAAAAAUAACCGGGAGCGGAGACAAAACAACAAUUUACACAUCUGUCAGAGAACCAAUAUUAGAAACGUUUUAAAGAAAAGCCUAAAAAAGCCAUUGAAUAUAAAAGUUUGUGUGGUGUUAUAAAAAGGGAGUCCAUGACUGUAAAAAUGUAUGUAAGAGUGCAGUUAUAAAACAAGCUUUUUUCUGGUGUAGCCUGCUUUGUCUCAUUAACAUAAUAAAAAUGAUCUGUUUUUAUGAACAACA